GGCAGGAACGUCACCAGAUGAGAGAUGACAUCUGUGGAUACUAUCUUAACUGUUCAAGUGAAAUAAACGCAUGACUGUCAUUUUGUGAGACGAAAUGUCUAUAACAACUUGCCAGAAGGUUACUCUUAUAUCAUGCUCUGUUCUCUGUAUUUCUCUUUUCCUGCCCAGAAUGCUUUUACCCAGAGGGAAAAAGGAGAUGGGACGGCCUGAGGUUGGACCAGGGUUCUACCCUCCUGUGAUGCACCAGCUGUCAUUGCCAGAGGACCAAGAACGGUGGGGUGUGGACCCUUCGUACUCCAUGACACACAGUGCUGAGGCCAUGGCCAAAGUAAAAGGCAUCGGACGGGGCAAAAAGUACAACCUAAUGGCUCAAGCAAUACCCAUAUAUGGCUUUGGGAUACUUCUUUACAUCUUCUAUAUAAUCUAUAAGCUGACAUGUAAGGGGGAGACUACUAAAUCAGGAAACUACACAACAGUAACCAAGGCAAACAUGGAGAAUAGGAUUACACCCGAUGAGCUUGUUAGGCUUCAGGAGAGACUUCUGCGAACAGAAGCGAUGAUGGAGAGGAUUGUCUCUGCAAAGAAUCGUGGUUCUGGGAGUAGUGGCAGAAGGAGGAAGAGUAAAACUUCUAUAUCAAAGAAGGAGGAGAAAUUACUCAAGCAACUUAGACAGAUCACACAGCUGAUACAGGAGGGCCGGUUGGAGGCACUCUCCCCAGAGAUGGAGGCUGAGGAGGUCCCCUACUGUGCAGACUGGGAAGGCUACCCAGAAGAGACCUACCCAGAGUAUGAUGAGCCCUAUAAAAGACGUGGAUUUCACACCUUUACACUAGAAGAGCCCCCCCACCAGCUUACCGCCGAAGCCCUGGCAGAGAGGAUGGAGCAAGAGGAGGAAGAGAUUAUGGCAAGGAAACUAUCCAUAGUUAAAGAGGAGGAUGAAGAAGAGGCAGAGGGAGAGGAGGAGGACGAAGAGGAGGGGGAAGAGGAUGAGGAAGAUGAGGCUAAAGAGGAAGAAGUGGAGGAAGAGGAGGAGGAGGAGGCAGAGAAAAUACAGUUGCUCAGUCUUCCUUCAUUCCAGCCUGCUGCAGAAAGAAAGCAAGAGAGACUUGGUUUGCAGUUAAGCAAAGAGCUACAGUGUCUUAAUGGAGGUAAGAAGCAAAUUAGCUUUAGUGACCACGAAGAUGUGUUCCGUUACCCUAAAGAGUGUACUUAUGAAGAGGAGGAAGAAGAGAAGCAAGAGGAGGUAGGGGAAGAAGAUGAGGGCACAGAGGGGGAAGAGGAGGAAGAAGAGGAUGAAGAUGAUCCAGUGAUGGAGGCAGAGAGCCUGCAGUUCAGCUGUGAGGGUUGUCCCAACCCGGAGGAGGAAGCAGAGGAGGAUAAAGAAGAGUAUUUGUUAGUGUCAGAGCCUGUGGAGGAAGACAGCCCUAUCCAUGCAGACAUGCCUAAGGAAGUCGGGGCGAGUGGUCUGAGGAUGCGGAACAGGAGAGAGACGUAAAAAAAGACUUUUCCAAUUACCUAAAAUGAGUUUUUAAACAUACAGUGAUCUUUAUGUUCCUCAAAUUGUACUCUGUUUAUUACUGAUCCCUUAUAUGUGUACAAUAUACAACCCAAGGUGAAUAGAGACAUGCAAUGCUGCUGUAAAGUUAUGCUUAUAUUAUAUAAACAAAUAAUAGUCUCAA